GGCUUUUGGCUGAGAAGUAACAAUGGUGGAAAACUGAAUUAAUUUAUAACUCUAAAGCGAAUUAUAAAAUUACAUAAAAUGUGAGAAUGGAGUGGCCAGUGCAGAUUUAAUGGCAAUGCUUUGCGCCUCAAUGCUGAUUUUAUUUUGAAAUAUUCAACUGGAUAUAACUUAAAAAAAAAAAAAACAGUUAGCUUCACACUGAAAUCGCUGUAGAAAACAGCGGAUAGAUCGACCUGCUCCGCGUUUGUUCAACUCAUCCGAUGGCAAGAGGGAGCAGCUUUGGUCAGACUGUAAAAUACGGAAGAUUUCGGAUGAAGUAACGGGAUUACACACGUGAAGAAACGCUGGAUACUUGUCGUUUUCCUUCAGACGGUGCCUGAUAUUUGUGAGCUGGAUGUGGACCGAGUUCAGAGGUGAUCCUCCUCUUUGUGUAUAGGAAAUGGCAACUGCUCUCAGUGGCCGAAACCCUGGCGGACGUGGACCAAACAGAAGUAAGGGCCGGAUUUUAGGCAUCAUUGAUGCCAUCCAGGAUGCUGUGGGGCCACCAAAACAAGCGGUUGCUGACCGGAGGACUGUGGAGAAAACCUGGAAACUCAUGGACAAAGUUGUCCGGCUCUGCCAAAAUCCCAGACUCCAGCUGAAAAACAGUCCUCCAUAUAUCCUAGAUAUCUUACCUGACGCCUACCAGCACCUGCGACUUAUAAUGGGAAAAUAUGAAGAGAACCAGAGAUUCACACAGCUCAGUGAGAAUGAGUACUUUAAAAUCUACAUUGAUAGCCUCAUGAAGAAGUCCAAACGGGCCAUCAGGCUCUUUAAAGAGGGAAAAGAGAGGAUGUAUGAGGAACAAUCACAGGACAGGAGAAACUUGACCAAGUUGUCGCUGAUCUUCAGCCACAUGCUGGCUGAAAUCAAAGCCAUAUUCCCUGGUGGACAGUUCCUGGGGGAUACUUUUAGAAUCACCAAAGCUGAUGCCGCUGACUUUUGGAGAAGAUUUUUUGGAGAAAAGACGAUUGUGCAAUGGAAAGCGUUCCGACAGUGCCUUCAUGAAGUGCAUCCCAUCAGCUCGGGCCUGGAAGCCAUGGCCCUUAAAUCCACCAUCGACCUCACCUGCAAUGACUACAUUUCUGUGUUUGAGUUUGACAUUUUCACACGCCUCUUCCAGCCAUGGGCAUCAAUUUUGAGGAACUGGAAUUUCCUGGCAGUGACGCACCCCGGCUACAUGGCCUUCCUUACUUAUGAUGAAGUCAAAGCUCGACUGCACAAGUACAUCAGCAAGCCCGGCAGUUACAUCUUCAGACUGAGUUGUACACGUUUGGGCCAGUGGGCCAUCGGCUAUGUGACCAAUGAUUGCAACAUACUGCAGACCAUUCCCCACAACAAACCGCUGUUCCAGGCUCUUAUCGAUGGCUACAGAGAGGGAUUCUACUUGUUCCCUGAUGGUCGCAGUUACAAUCCUGACCUCACUGGUUUAUGUGGGCCGAUGCCUCAUGAUCACAUCAAAGUGACACAAGAGCAGUAUGAGCUGUACUGUGAAAUGGGCUCCACCUUCCAGCUCUGCAAGAUAUGUGCUGAGAAUGACAAAGAUGUCAAGAUCGAACCCUGUGGUCACCUCAUGUGUACUUCAUGUCUUACGGCCUGGCAGGAAUCAGAUGGCCAAGGAUGCCCCUUCUGUCGCUGUGAGAUUAAAGGCACAGAGCCCAUCAUUGUGGAUCCCUUUGACCCUCGAAAUGAGGGCACCAAGUGUUUCUUCUUGGACCAGCACAGCAGCCCAAUGUUGGAUGUGGAUGACGAUGAAGAUCGAGAAGACUGUCUUGUCAUGAAUGGACUGGCUAACAUCAGGAAGCAUUGCACCGAGCACCAAAACUCACCCAUAGUGUCUCCCAGCUCUUCACCUGUCAGCCAACAUAGGAAAGCCCACGGGGGAGACCCCAGCCACUGUGUCCAGCACCUCAGCCUCCCCCCUGUCCCACCACGACGCGACCUCAUGCAUAAAAGUGCCAUCCGCUCUCCAUCUGCCAGUCCCACCAGCUCUCCAAAGUCUUCACCAGGCAUGUCCAGAAAGCAGGAAAAGCCUCUACCAGCUCCACCUCCUCCUCAGAGGGACCCACCUCCACCUCCUCCCCCUGAGCGUCCUCCUCCUAUCCCACUAGAAUCCCGCCACUCUUGGCUCCCCAGUUCCUCUUCCUUGUCCUCUUCUAUCUCAUCUUCUACCAGUGCGCUGUCAGAUUCCCAGACACCACCUGACACAAGGUGUUCCAAAGACAGCCACUUGGCAGACACCCACCGGACUGGAGCAGAAUACCAACUCCAGCUGGGACCUGCUGGGCCCUCUCACCUGAACGGACGACCACUCAGUUGUCCAUCUGGGGAAUUUGGGAGGUGUCAUCACAGAAUCGAAGAAGCAGGAAACUCAGAGAGCUCCAAGCCCUUUUCUAAUGGUGUGCAAGUCGGCGACAAGUAUGACAUCCUUCCCUCACGGCACUUGCCAGCUCAGCUCACACUUGCCAGUAGCCACAAACUAUCCAAUCCUUUCAGCAGUCCUGUGCUGGAACGACAGUGGGGGCUGAUGGAGAGGCUGGAGGGUGACUAUCAAACCCCUUCAUCCAACCUCUGCUUGAGCCAGGCUCCCAUCGGCAUCUCUGUGUCCAGCAGGCACUUGGAGAACUGGCCUUCAGAGUCUUACAUUGAGGAGAAGAGGUCCCGAUCCCCCGAGCCUGGUGGACACUCUGAUUCAGUCAGCUCCUUGGUCCUGGGAGCAGUCCAUACAAACCUCUGCCCUUUCAACACCAACAAGACACCCUCUGAUUAUGACAUUCUGCUUCCUCCCCAAGCAUUAGAAGACCCCCUCAACAUGCACCCUCCAUUCCAGCUUCCUUCUCUUCCUUCACCACCACCACCACCAGCGCGACACAGUUUGACUGACCCCUCCUCCUCUUUUCCGCCUUCAUCCUGCAACUCCUCCACAUUCUCCUCCUCUGUUAUCACUCGACCACACUGGCCCUCCUCUGGAGAAGAGCACUUGCUGUUAACCCCCAAUACAGUGUUUGACAGGCUGAAUGGUGCUGCUCGUUUGCCUCCAACCAGACAACACACUGACAGCGUUAAGGACUCCAGAAGCUGCCUGGAGUGUGAUCAUUUACCAUCCAGUCAAGGUGAAGUAUCGAUGGACAAUUUGCAAGCUCCUGCCAGGCCGCCCAAACCAUUUCCCAGGAAGACCCCUCCAGACAGUCAGCUGGGAAUACCACACAGCCCAGAGAAUGAAGACGCAAAGAUUGCCAAGCUGAUGGGGGAGGGUUACUCCUUUGAUGAUGUGAAACGGGCGCUAAUGAUUGCCCAGUAUAAAGUGGAUGUGGCCCGAAACAUCCUGCGAGAGUUUGCCUUAGUGAACCCGAGACUACAUCUGGAGUCCUAAGAGACUGUCACAGAGGAGCACAACAAUUAAGCUGUGCCUCUAAAAAGGGCUUCUUUAUUCUGCUGGUCACUGUUGGAAAAACCCAUAAUGAGUGGAAACACAAAUGUUUUAAAAGAGAUUUGUCUUUUGCUGUCGAACAGAGAUGGCAACGCACAAUAAAAGUGGCUAAAAUCAAAUCAUGGCAGAACACAGAGUCUUAAAAGGGAGAAAAGACCAUCUGUGAAUGAUUUCAAUCUGUGAAACUGAAAAAGAGGCUUGUUUACAGUGAGCUUUGCCAGUGCUGGCCUCUGGUUUUAAAUGCUCCUGUGCGUGGAGGGCUUGACCUGUAUGCCUGUUUUAAAGUCCUGAUCCGGCUACUGCUGCUACUGUUUCUUUCACAUCCUGCCACUCUAAAGACUUUAAUUUGAGGGGACUUUCAAAAGUGCAAGACAUUUCCAGCUCAUUUCAGCUUACAUGCACAGCCAGUUGUUAGAGAUCAAUUUAAUUUACCACCAGGUGGGGGAGCCAGACUCCACCAUUUCUCUUGUAUAACUAAUUUUCUCUUUUUCUCUCUGAAAUAUCUCCUGUUUCACCUACUUCCUACUCUUCUAUCCCUUACGGGGUCUUCAUUAGAAAAUACUCCUCUGUUUGUCCAGGGUGUGUCUUAUGCCUUAUUAAUUCACUUGUUUCCUCCAACCUGGAGAAACUGUAUGAUGGCUCCAGAGGAGCACUCUUUUUAGACUCUUAUCUCUUAUCUAGUAUUUUUGGUUUAAUUCUUUGUUUCUGUUCCUUGAACAGAGGCUGGGACUUUCUUGUAAUUACUUUAUUUCUUUGCAGCCAACAAGUCUAUGAAUGUAUUUGUUCUGCAUGAAUGAGCUUCUCUGUACACUCCUCUCAAGCCCUGUUAUGCCCGUAAAUGAUUAAGCGGCGAAAAUGUUGAAUGUUUGUGGAUGUUUUUAUUUUUUAUUUUAUUAAAGUUAGAUGAUUGUGUCUGCAUUGAAACUCAA